UGCCAGAGCUCUCCCAGCGAGCCUCACAAAGCCGGAGACGUGCAUCAUGUUCUUCAAGUUCGUUUGUGCUGUGGUGACCAGGUCUCUCUUUAUCCUCAUCUCUCUCAUAGGGGUGUGGAGAGUGGUGUGGGUGAAGAACAAUGGACUCUACUGGUUUCUUACCAUCCUUUACCUGCCUCUGGUGGCUGAGAUGAUCCUGACCCUGAGAAGAAGGAGGGGAAACGAUUACAAAUGGUUUUCUCCAGCUAUCUUCCUCUUCCUCAUCAGUAUUAUCCCGUCAAUAUGGAUUUUAGAGCUUCACCACCAGGAGAACAAAUCCACUGACUCAAUGUGUGAAAAACUUGACUCCAGUGAAAAUAUUAAGAGUCUUUUCAUACUCUGGAGGAACUCCACCAAUGGCAGUGAGCCACCAGAGGGGGUCCCUCUGUCCUCAGUGUGUGCCAACGACUGGAUCCUGGCUUUACACCAAAUCCUGCUCAUUUUGCUGAUCUUGGGGAAGUGGCUGCUGCCGGCCGCUGGAGAGCUGACUAGGGACCAGCUCUCCCAGUUACUGCUCAUCUUUGUGGGCACAGCUGCUGACAUACUGGAGUUCACCUCUGAAACACUGUCUGACAUUAAUGACAGCAGUCCAGCCAUGGUCUACAUUAUUCUGGCUGUGUGGACCUGGAGCAUGCUGCAGUUUCCACUGCAUCUCUCAGUAAUUGGUGCAUCCUCAGAUGACCUCUCAGAACCUGCCCCCUCCCUCCUCUCUCACCUCAGGACUGAUAUCUGGAGCACUGUGGAAGCUUUGUUUAUCCAGGACGGGCCUUUCCUGGUGGUCCGUCUCACUGUCAUGAUCUACUUCAACGUGGUGCACCAGAUGCUGAUCUUCUUCGCCAUUAAAAACUUCCUGGUUGUCAUUCUCAACAUCUACCGGCUCUCUGUCCUCGUCUGUGACAAGACGUCCUGAGUUUGGAUCAGUGAAGAAAGCUACAGUAAUGAUGUUACUGUGUGCUCCACUGUGAUUUGAAUGUCACUCUCUUGUGUAUCUGCAACAUUGUCCAAAGCAGUAGUCCAGUUUUCUAUGAAAGGCCAUCCGCACAGUUUCUGUCAGUAAAGCACAGUAUCUAUAUCACAAUAACAACCCUACUUAUGAUGUGACAAUAGAAAAUGGUAACUUGUGCAGAGUUAUUGCUUAAAAAUCUCAACCAGAAAACCCUGACCUCAUGUGUUAGUCCCGAUGAAGAAAUAUUUCCUGUACAGACAUCACAAACUAGCUGAAUAAAUUAGUCUCUGCAUUGGAGUUAUGGUGUUUCACUCUUAGAUGCGGAAGUGCAAAGUAAAAGCCUUUUUAGGUUCUACUGAAAAACCUAGACACAACUGGAAACAUAAAAAGCAGCAUCAAAAGAGAAGUCCUGAUUAGUGAAAUGGGAGUGGAGACUAAUGUAAUCAAAUGGAGACUAGUUUAUGAUAAAACCUGGCUUUAUGGAGGGUUCUGCAAGUGAACUGCAAGUGUUCACUGUCGUUCAAACUAAAACACAGGGCGACUAGUUUAGAGCUUGACUGACAUUCAUCACAUCAUGACUCUGUUAUUACCUUCACAUUAUGAUUUCCUGCACUAACUGAUGAUGACAAUGAGCUUUCAAAGCCCAAACAAAGGCUUGGUAGUUAACAGGUGAACACCUGUGGCAUAAGGAACAAGAUACAUGACCUGAAUAAUUUGAUGUUUGCUCAUUCCAUUCAUACAGUGUCAGUAUCUGAGACUCAUUUAGAUUCAUACAUUCAUGGUUCAACAUUGCUCUGAAAUGGGACUUUGUCUCACGUCUUCCUUUAUGAAGUUGUUGUUUUUGUCUUAAGUCUAUUUCUGUGCAUGAAGCCUUUGUUCGAUUCAUGUGUCAGAAUAACAAAACUACAUCUUUGAAUGAGGACUGACAGGAAACUCGUUGGGGCUGUGCUCUGGGGUUUAAUAGCAGCCUUUGAUGUCACAGACCACAGGAUCCUAAUUACCAGGACGUAAUGUGGUUUUUCCAGGCCUGUCUCCUAGAAAUGACAUUCAUUUGGGAGUUGCUUGUGUCAUCUUUUAUUUUUUAGUUUUUAGAAAUGUACUGUAUGUUGUUAAAAAAGGACGGUGCAGUUAUGUAUGGUGACGACUCAACUUCGUUCAUUGUGUCACAAUGCAUUGUUCUUGUUUCUACUGUGAAACUAACAUUCAAGUCCAACCCUUCCACACGAUUGUUAUGUCGCUGGUGUCGCUGGACUGUCUCAAAUGGGGCUAUGGCACCGAAGAGCCAGAUGUUUUCCUCAGGAGCUGACGGAGAACAAACCAGAGAUGGAAAAAAACAUCCUCAGGUGUAAAUAAAUAAAUGCUAAUGUUGCUCCGUGUAGGCUUGAUGUGUAAUUUGGAAACUGUUUGCUUGCACAUUUGGCACAUCAACCUCUUAAGGUGAUGAUACGUCAAUGUUGCGUUGCUCCGCUUGGCCUCAAAGGGCAUAAAAUCCUAACAACAACAAUA